AUGAUCAAAUCUCUCAUAGCGCCUGCGUUGUUUUGUUUUAGAGGCAGAAAGAUUUCUCCUUCGAUUGGUACCAUCUAAGAAUUUUGUUUGAUUUUAGUGCCUGUGUUAAAAUUACCAAUCCUUCAGUGAAAGUUGAAAUCUUUUCAGAUAAAGGAUUGAACUUUUCAAAUCUGAAAAUCUGGGGUUUGUUCCUCAGGUGUUGGAGUGAGAGUUGAAGCUGGGUUUUGCAUCAGGGGUAUGUCAGCUUCAGCCCGUUCUUCAAAGCCUGUGAUGGGUCAAAGUGAAGUCCGAGAAGCUAAAUUGCUUGAUGCAAUUAAUGAUAGGUAUGGCGGUGUCAUCGUGGAAAUGAAAGUGCCUAUGGAAUCUGCAGUUUUUGUGUCCCUUCUCAGAGCUUCAAUUAAUCAGUGGCGGCUGCAGGGGAAAAAGGGUGUUUGGAUCAAACUGCCAAUUGAACAUGUCAACCUGGUGGAAGUUGCUGUUAAGGAAGGAUUUUGGUAUCAUCAUGCUGAGGCAAAGUACUUAAUGCUUGCAUAUUGGAUUCCUGAAAGUCCUAACACUCUUCCAGCAAAUGCAUCACACCGAGUUGGGGUUGGGGCAGUCGUCAUAAAUGAAAAGAGAGAGGUUUUAGUGGUUCAAGAGAACAGUGGAAUUCUUCAUGGUACAGGCUUGUGGAAGUUCCCUACAGGAGUUGUCAACGAGGGUGAAGAUAUCUGUGCUGCUGCAGUUAGAGAAGUCAAAGAAGAAACAGCAAUUGAUACCAAAUUUGUUGAAGUCCUAGCAUUCAGACAAAGCCACAAAUCAUUCUUUGAGAAGUCAGAUUUAUUCUUUGUGUGCCAGUUGGAACCCCUUUCCUCUGACAUUCAGAAGCAGGAUUCCGAGAUAGAGGCAGCACAGUGGAUGCCAUUAGAAGAAUAUGCAGCAAAUCCCCUUGUCAGAAAACAUGAACUUCUGAGGUACAUUGUUGACAUAUGCUACGCAAAGAUGGAGAAGGACUACUCUGGGUUCUCUCCUUUGCCAGUCGCAUCAGCACCCUCUGAUAAGAAGAGCUUCUUUUACUUAAACCACCGUGACCUCAACAAGGCCCUCUAAAAAGAUUUCAAUGAUUAAGAGCUUGAGUAUUCAUAUUAGAAAUCUUAAGUUCAAAUCAUGGGAUGGGUAAAGGGAGGUUUGGGGAGGAAAGAGCUGUCUUUUGUUGUGUAACUUAUUAUUAGAUGUGUUAGAAAGAGAUCUGGCCUCAACAGGUAUUAAUGUCUGGAUAUGGCCCUUAGAAGUCAAAACAAAACACUGAAGGUUUCAGAUUCUUUUUUCAUUUUUUCUAAAUUUAUUAUUUAAACUAAUAUGGAUUGGGUUGGAGUAUGUCUAAAAUAACAUGGAUUUAAAGAUUGGCUGAGUGGUCAUUAUAGAAAAUAGCUAGUGCAGCCAAUUUCAACAUAUUAUGCUCUUCUCUAUACAUCAACGUUAAAUAAAUAUUUGCUUCCUUC